GAGAGGCGGACACAGAAUGGGAGGCUGACUGGGGCUUCCAACGGCAGGGAGCUGGUUGUACUGGGCGGGGGGUUUUGUCGGUGCUGGUUUUUCUGGCCGGUUAUUGCGGGCGUGAAGGCAUGUUGAUAAUCGGCUCAGUAAUGAGGAGAGGUACUGAACGGCACCAAAUAUCUGACCCCGAUUCCUGGGAGUAGAGAGAGGCAGAGGACAGGGGGAAAGUGUGUGUGUCGAUGUGUGUGUGUGUGAGGCAGAGAGGGGGGAGAGGGCCAUGUGAAAAAGGGGUGGAGGGGAGCUGAGAUUUAGUGCUCUGCUGGAUGAAACAACCCCCCACUAACUAACGGAGAGGGAAAGUAGCCUAAUGGGAAGAAAAGAGAGGGUGUUGUACUGUUCAUUUAACACUCAAAGACGCGCAGGAAGCUUUUAUCGUUUCCCACAAUGAGAUCAGAAAAGGGGAUUGCUGUCUGCUGUAAAGCCUAGGGCCCUGAACAACAGAAAUAAUCAAUAUAGACGUACAUAGCGGCAGCAAAUAACCAAGAGAGCAAAAAUGUCUCGAACAGAAGAGGUCAACAAGAUGACAGAAAAUGUCUACAAGGGGAUUCUGGACCAGUUCAACCCCAGUCUGAAGAACUUUGUGACCAUGGGGAAACACUAUGAGAAAGCCCUGACAGGAGUGACCGUGGCUGCCAAAGGGUACUUUGAUGCUCUGGUGAAGCUUGGAGAGCUGGCGAGUGACAGCCAAGGCUCCAAAGAGCUGGGAGACACACUGUUUCAGAUGGCCGAGGUCCACAGACAGAUUCAGGUGCAGCUGGAAGACGUGUUAAAGCUGUUUCACUCUGAGCUGCUCGCCCAGUUGGAGCAGAAGCUGGAACUGGAUAUUAAAUACCUCACAGCCACCCUGAAGAAGUAUCAGAGUGAGCGGAGGUCUAAAUCUGAGUCUAUCGAGCGCUGCCAGUCUCAGCUGAAGAAACUGCGCAGGAAGAGCCAAGGCAGUCGUCACCCAAACAAAUAUGGAGACAGAGAGAUGCAGUUUGUGGAGUUGAUGAGUCGUCGCCAAGGAGAACUUGACACGCUGGUUGCCGCAGGUUACAAGUCUGCGCUCACAGAGGAAAGGAGGCGAUAUUGCUUCCUGGUGGACAGACAGUGUUGUGUCACCAAGCUGCUCAUCAACUACCACUCCAAGGUGAGAGAGCUUCUGUCACAGAAACUGUCAUCUUGGCAGCAGUCAUGUUCUCAGCCCACAAAACUCCCGGAGCGCGCUCUGAAUCUGCUGCGUCACACCGCGCCUCAAGGCUCAGGGGCUGCUGGGAUAGCCGAGGUCCUCCGCCACACCAAGAUCGGCUCUGCUCAGCCAGAACAGAGACUCUCAGUGCAAGAAGUCCCUCCUCUGUUGAAUGGAGACUCCAGUCGCUCCCAGCAGCAGCGGUCACUCCCCUCCUCCUCCUCCCAGAGUGAAACCUGUCCUCCUCAGGGCUCCCCCCACACUUUCCGCUCCCUCUCUGGUGGAGGAGCUGCUGGAGGUUCCUCACGAGGAGCGUCUCCUCAGCACACCAGCACGCCCCUCAGUGCAUCAGCCAGCCCCCUCCCUGACAGCAGCGCCAGCAGCAGCGCCAGCCCCGCUACAUCCACCCCCACCACGUCCAGCGGCUCGGCCCAGCAAACCGCUCUCCUCUUGGCUGCCAACACAUCCAACCUCUCCCCGAGUCUCAUCCCCUCCACGGUGAUGUCAGUCAGCCAGGUCUCCCCACCUGGCAGCACCUUGCAUGGCAUGACCCUCCCCAUCCCUCACAGUGCUCCUCACAGUCCUCCACUGCCCCACAGUGCUCCUCUCUCCAGGGCCAUGACUCCUGUGCAGCUACUGCACCAACAGGUGGGACCAGGAGGAAGCAAUACUUCAUCACCGUCACAUAACCCCUGGCUGCUGAAGACCGCUGACAUGUGUACAACUGCAACGCUUCCACUGCCACGGAGACCUGUCAGUGAAAUGAGGCUGGGCGGCUUUCAGGGGUUUGAUUACAACCCUUUCCUCUACCUAGGCUCCAGUCUCCCCAGGAUGCUGCCUUUAUCUGGACCUACCCGGGUGGAAGCCAUGUUUGCUCACUCUCCUGGAGCAUCCGAGGGCAGCGGUGUAGGGAGUGGGGCUUGCUUACUGCACUUCCAACCUGGUGACAGCAUCACCCUGCUCAUCUCCGAGCCCAGAGAUGGGUGGCACUACGGUCAGAAUGAACGAACUGGACGGAAAGGCUGGUUCCCUUUCUCCUACACUCAGUCCACACACAGUAAGAUGGAUCACCUCGAGAGCUCGCUCUUCUUAUCUAAGGCGAACAGCACCAGUACAGGCCAGCUCGACAAGCUGGUGUCUCCAGGUCUCCCAGCGCUCACCCCCGAGUCAGAGGAGGAGCGCUCCCUUCCUCCCCAGAGGGUCAGCACCUUCCGCCCGCGCCCAUACAGCAUGGCCGACAGCAACAAGAUCACCUCAGAGUUGGUCUCUCCUCCACCCUCUCCAACCAGGACUAAUCCAUUUGCCCACAUUCGACUCAGAAAAACUGUCACCAACGAUCGCUCCGCUCCCAUCAUUGAGUAAGAGUUUCAUUCCCACAGCAGCAGCAGCAGUCCUGUUCUCUGUGGUUUGUCAGUCCAUCAGACCUCAGGUUGAAUCCUGGAAACAGCUCAUUGGUUCACAGUUGAUUCUUUACUUUGGAUGUUCGCAAAUUAAUCAAAUACAGAUUGUGUUUUGUGUGCAGGUGUAGAACUUUUUAAAUCAAAGUGUAAAAGGUUCAUGCGUAAAGGCUGAGUUGUUUUAAAUAUGAUUACAGUCCAGACAGUUUUGAGAUAGUUAGGUAGGGAAAAAAGUAGAAACAAGACAAGAUGCUAUAAUAUCUGAAAAUUCUGAGUGAAACGAGACAUUGAAAUAAAUUCUAGGCUAGUUAUAAUAAAACAGAAGUAAGAGGUUUGGCUGUACUUAGCUUAGUGUUUGAAAUGGACAUAAUGUGUCGUCCAGAGUAACUAACAUUUGCAGGUUUUCCUGGCCUAUGAAAGAUGCCUCUCAUAUCUCUUACUGUUUUACAGUGCAAUUUAUAUUCCUCAACAUAACCUUUAAUGUAGGGGGUUUUUUGUGCCAUAUUCAGAAAAGUUUUCUUUGUCGGGCUGAUCUAGGGACUGGCUCCUAAUAACAGGUUGUGAACUUUCACUGUAAUGAAGUGUUACGGAAAGAGGACAGGCUCCUACUCUAAAAGUGCUAUUACCAUAUUAUAUUUUUUAGGAAAGCUGCCAGAUUGUUUCUUGGUUUCAGUGAAGGUGAACUUUUAAAUUUAUUCAAAGUGUCUUGUCUAUUUUAAAAGGUGGUUGUUUGGUGGAGGAAGAUUUGCCGUAUUUUAAUGAAAUUGGCACAGUGACUUAUUUUUGUGUCAUUUUCACCUUAAAUUUACUGAACAUGGGAAAUGCUGUUCGAGUGUUAAAGUCCCUGUCAGUUAUAUCUCAUGUUUGUACCAGUUAACACUUCACACUGCUGCUGUAAAGUUACAUAUUAACAUGUUGUGAAUGUAGAUGUUUGGAUUAAGUUAACUCUUUAGCUGGACUCAACAUGUAUCGUGAAACAAAUUCUAUAUUAAGGAUCACGUGUGUAGGAUUUAGUGGAAACUUCUCCUGUGCUGAGCGUGUAGGAGAACUACAGUGGCUGACGCGGAAACAUGAAUAGGCCCAUCUAGAGUCAGAAGCUCUUUUUACAUAGAGAUUGCGCUACAGUGGUGCGGAAAUGAGCCCUAAAACCCAGAAUUGAAAUCGCAUUGUCGCACUUCUGGUUCCCUCGUCUCAAAGUCAGUGGGUUCCUGAAUGGGUUUUUGGUUAGAUGCCUGAAAUAAGGUCUGUGGUUAAAGCUUAAGAGACUUACUUGAUUUGUUCUACAACAUAAAAUACGUUAGUAAAUGCUCCACUCAUGCAUUUCAAUGCUAUUAUGCGUCUUUAAAAAAGCUUACAAGUGGCUAAUGAGACUACAGAACGUCAUCACGCCAAACACGGCUUUACAGCCUAAUUGUGGUGGUGACGAUGAAGUCAUGCAAUAGUUGUGUAGUUUGUCAGCCUAAUGUUAGCUACUUACCUCUGGUGAUAGCAUUUAGCUCUAAAAAUAAAAGUGGUGUUCAUUUAUGAAGGUUGAAGUUGUGUGAGAAUCAUAAACUUGUGUUUCCCACAGAGUUUAUUUUCUGCAAUAAUCCAAUGGAAAAAUUCCAUCGGAUUUAUGACAAGAGAACCAGGGCGACGUUAACAUCCACGUUGGCUACAAAAACGUCGUCCCCACAGCACUCUAUAGACCUUAUUCUCGACCGCCUUUGCUUAUUUACACAGAACCAAAUAACUUCGGCAUCAUGAUGCCCCAGUGUGUGAUUCUAGACACCAUGUAGGCAUCCUGGAAGCAAACAAGGUGUGACGGGCAUGACGUGUAACAUGACAGCGUCAGCUUCUAGUGUGACGUAACAUAUGUACUGGCAGGGCUUUACAAACAACGACAAUAGCAUAACAUGUUACUGUCCUGCUAUAUGGCAGCUGAUCUCAUCCUCUGCUCAGAGGGUUAGAAGCUUUCGAUUUGACUUGAUUCAGCGCUGUUAUUACUUCGGCUAACAGCUUAAAGGUGAGACAACCCCUCCCCCCAUUCUGCAAUCGUGCCUUCUAUGGAGAACAGUGAGGCUAAAUAACGGUGUAAUGUUCCUGCAUUGGCUAGGCCGUGUAAAAAGGGGCAAGAAACAAUAAAGACAACAGGCUCUAUAUGUACAGAAGAUAAAAAGGGCUCAUUCUAAGAAAACAAAAAAUUCUUAGUUUCGGGAGGUUAUAAACCAAUAAAAUCAGAGUUAUGAAUAUUAUGUACCAUUUCUGCCAAAAGAGGCCUCUAAAUCCUACACACUGAACCUUUAAAUUUGAUUAUUCAAAUAACCGAUCAAUUAAGUGCUUAUUUAACACAGAGUAAUUCCUCCGAAACACAGAAACAGAAAAGCGUACGAGCUCCACAGACACAAAGUGUGACAGUUAAUAGUUGAACGUUUGGACGAUGUUUUUACAGGAAGUGUUUAUUUUAGAAAGUAGCAUGUCGUGGAGGGUUCAAAGUGGUAAGAAUUGGGUGCUUAGUCUUUGGAUUUGAUGUCUUCUUGAUUCCUUUUCAGUUCCACAUCUAAAGCUAGACAACAUCUAGGCUAGUCGAUCGUAGCUGUACGUUUACCAAUCAGACUGAGCUGAAUCCUCAAGAGAUGUGAAAGCCGAGACAGACGAUACGAUUGAGUUUAAACGGGGAAAUGUAUCUAUGAAAGUGAUGAAGAAAGCAUAUGGGAAGUUGACCAGCGUCUUAGCAAGUGUUUAUGGUAAACUAGAGAUAUCCAAAGUAAUAUUCUGUAGUCGCCUCUAGAAAACUGUGGUUUAAAGGUGAAACUUUGUGCGAACUGAGAUGGUUUGUGUUCCUGUUGUAACUGCCUUGAGUUCCUGUAAUCUAUUAGUACCUUGAAGAUUCAAGAUAUCGGCCUCAAGGGUUGUAGUAAAUCAUUUCUAACAGCAUUAUAUAUGACUUUAAAUAGUAUGGCAUCAUUAAUAAAGGUGACAGUAAUAUGAUAGAGCUAAUGCUUAUUCAUGCUUGUAAAUAGUGCUUAAAACAUGUGUGAUUGUAUGACUUUUAUUUGACUUCUUUUUGUUAUGAUAUUUCACUUUGGGGGAACAUUUUGACUUUGUAGAGGCAGCGGAAACAUAAACCUCCCUGAACAUGUCAGUCGUCAUAUUCCAAGUUUUCUCACUGACUCUCAAUAACACAGUAAUAAUACAGAAUGACAUAUUAAUCUGAAUGUUUUAACUGAGAAUACGGAUAAAAAUUUACUUAAAUUUUGAGUCACAGCAGCAUGUGGUUAUUGUAGUGGCCUGUGUCAGGGAUUUAUAAAAUAGAGUAAAACAUGAAUUGUGUUUGGGGCAAGUGAUACGGUGAAGAAUACAAUGCAUGAAUGAGAAAUGCAAAAAUUAGAGUGUAAGAAUUGAUACAGGGGAAUAAUGUAGUAUAUGUACAACAUAUAAAUAUAUCUUUAGUGUGUACAUGAGGAGUUUAUUAAAAUUAUAAACAUGUAACAUGAAAUUUAUGGCAAAAUGAAUGAACACAUUUACAGCCAGUCUCCGAAAUGUUAUGUGUAUACAGGAAGUAAAUGUAUAGAUGUCUAAAAGGUGGCAGAUGAAGGCAUGUUCUGCAAAAAGACGUUAAUUAAACCAGAAACUUGUGCAAAGUCCAAAACUCUUCUUCCAGAGUGAAAUAUCGUUUUAACAUUGCACACCAGUUUUACACAGUUUCUCGUUUCUGUGAAAAAUAUGAAGCAACGUAAACAGACUGUUUGCAUCUACAUGAAAUCCCGCCGACUGCAGAAGAUAUUUUAUUGUGAUGAUGAAUACUGCUGAGUAAGACAUUCUUCACCUGACACACUGAAUAUUGACGUGUUGUGAAAUAAAAGUUCUAUGAAGGAAA